CUCUUAUUUGUUCAGUGCCAAUCAUGAAAACCCCAUCAGGCCUCACCGCUGGGAACCCCUGAACCACAGCAAAUAACCCCACACGGCCAACCAACAACCACUCCAUCCAUAUAUACUCAUAAAAUGAUUUCUUUUUUCGACCUCCAGAAUCAAAUGUCUACUUGUUCAAAUCUUGGCCAAUUAACUUUUAUGAGGCCUGGCCUUCUAUUCUCAUUGUUCCAAAAGGUGGAAUCUCCCACGCCAGGAGCUCCCAUCCCGACCCGACAGGAUGAUGGAGAGAUUAGUCACGGUGACUCAGUCAGCAUAAUGGCAGUAGACUCAUACAUCCGUGCGCACAGAAGGCCCAACCUUAUUUCAGAUUCUGUGACCUCCACCCGAUCGCUGCAGGGAUUCGAACUUUGGUCCAUUGUUCCAAAUUUCCCACCACUCGACCAACUGAGCUACCCGUGCGGUUUCAGGUAGAACUUGAAGGUCGCUGCCAUUGCCCGUUGCUUCGGGAGGAAUCAAGGGAAGAAGACGUGGUUCGUGCUUCUCCCGUUCUGUUUUAAAAACAAUUACAUUAAUGCUCAUGGAUAAUAUUUUCUGAAUAAUUACUUUGGGGGCUUGCAUGCCUAGUUAUGCCAAGUGUGGCUUGAACAAUUGUAUUAAUGCUUCCAAUAUUUUAAAUGCAUGUUUUACAUUAUGUUUGUUUAUGGAUGUACUAUGUGUGAAUGAUAUUCAUGACGCCUUGUAUAGUAUGGAUGAGUUGGACUGCGGUUGACUAUUCGUACUGUACGGCGGGUUGUUGACGUGUCCGGCUAGGUCCGGGACGUGACAUGUAAGUUCUAACUCAGAUCUAUUAUCAUUGUUAUAUUCGAUGUUUU